AGGAUGAAGUUGGCUAUAUUGUUGUGUAUACGGAGGAAUAUGGGCUAGAGUAUGAAGUUUAAGGGAGAUUCGUGACUAUCCCCGACCUGGAACUAAUGUUCCCACAGAGGUCCUCCCGGUGGUUUGGUCCGGCCUGGCCUACCGGACCUGACAGACCUCAGUCGGCCGCGGCUCUGCUAGGCUCCCGGCGCCGCCUCCUGCUAGCCCGCGGUAGGCUGCGGCGCUUCUGUGGAUGGGGGAAGGCAGGACUGACGCAGAGAAAGUCUGUCAGUGCUUUUGGACUUGUGCGCAGGGUCUUCACUUGGGAAACCUGGCCCACAUACCACCAAAAGGCAAAGCCUCAUGAGAGUCCAACACUGGGAAUUUGGACAUUCCUGAGACCAGAGUCAUACUUCUAUAAAUUUCAUCUGGAGAAGGAAUUUCAUCUCUGCUCUAAAACUCCUCAAUGUUCAUGCUGUGAUCGUCUUUCCAAAGCAACACGACAAGAAGUUCUUGGCCUCUACCGCAGAAUUUUCAGGCUUGUGAGGAAAUGGCAGGCAGCAUCAGGGCAGAUGGAAGACACCAUUAAAGAAAAACAGUACAUAUUAAAUGAAGCCAGAACGCUGUUCCAGAAAAACAAAAAUCUCACAGACACAGAACUGAUUAAACAGUGUAUAGAUGAAUGCACAGCCAGGAUUGAAAUUGGACUACAUUACCAGAUUCCUUAUCCACGGCCAAUUCAUCUGCCUCCAAUGGGCCUUACCCCACUACGAGGCCGGGGACUUCGAAGCCAGGAAAAACUGAGGAAACUUUCCAAACCAGUAUAUCUCAAGUCUCAUGAUGAGAUUUCCUAACCAAGAAGAAAAUUUAUUUCUCAGAAUGAUGAGCUGACUAGGUCUUGAAUGUAAACCAGAUGACAAAACCCUUCUCUUUGAUUAGGGGCAAAAAUUUAUCUUCUUAAAAACCUACAAUAUAUUGGUAUUCACCCCACAAUCUGUGCUGACUCAUCCUGACACUUCAUCAGGGUCUUGUUGCCUAAAGUGGAUGACAUGGACCUUACACCCUCACUGAAGCAUCAUUUGAAACAAGACCAAGACCUGUAGAAGGAAGACAAGGAUGACAAAGCUUUUCAUGGAAAUGUUAUUUGCCAGUCAUGCCAGCUGAUAUGAAGAAAUCAACCCGCUGCUGAAAAUCCUCACAGUUACCAUAAAACUAUACACCACCUUCAGAAUUUUUUUGGCUUUCCUGCCCCUGGAAUUUUUGCUUAAAAAACAAAGGUUUGCUUAAAAGUGAGCUUCUUUGUGUAUGUUUUAUCUUUUGACCAUCCCAAUUUCUAGAUAAACAACUCUUACUGCCCCCAUGGCUUUCUGGCACCCCACUCCCCCCAGCUCAGGGACCUGUCCCUGCCCUGUGGCUCCAGAUAUCAGAGCGGCUUCCCUGUUUCCAGUCCCAGACACCACAGGGCUUUGAAAGCAUCACGGUCCCUCACCCCCCCCACCCCCCUCACCCCGUCUCUGUUACUUACCUGUUCCCCUCACUACACACACUUGGUCUUCCAUUGAUCGUGGUUUUUCAUGGAAAUUUUACAUGAGACCCAUCCCUGCCCAACAUCUACAUACACAAAAGUACUUGUCUUAGGUAAAUGUGUAUGUUUACCUUAUCUUAAAGCCUGUAAUUACUUAGGAUGGAUUUAGGACCCGAAAGGCAUACUUGAAACUCAUACCGCAUUCAUUAUGAGUAUUUUAUCUUAACAUAAUUAAAAAGUACAAGGGCCAAGCUGGUUUUCAAAUUAUGUCCAAACAGAAAUGGCACAAAGAGAAAUCAAAACACAAAGUAUUUAUCCUCCUGCCUGUGUGGAAUCCCAUGGCAAGUCCUAUGUACCUUGUUAUCAUUCUUCCUGACCUCCGAAAAGGAUGAGCAUCACCAAUAAAAAACAAAUUUUUCUUGA